AUGACAAUGGAAUUCGAUCUUUACAAGACGCUCUGCGUGAGUACCACUGCCUCGCCUGUGGAGAUAAAAAAGGCAUACAAGAAGCUUUCGCUACAGUACCAUCCAGAUAAAAUCCAGCAGCUUGAAACGAACGAGGACAAGGAUUAUUUUCCAAAAAUCCAGUUGGCAUAUAGUGUGCUAUCAGAUCCCCAGAAGCGUAAGAUCUAUGACACGACGGGCUCGUAUGGCAACUCUUCAGAUUUUUCUGCUGGUGACUUCGACUGGAAAGAGUACUUCCAGAACAUGACGGAGAAAAUCACUAUAGAUAUGAUCGAUGAGGAUAGAGAAAAAUACCAGAAGUCUUUGGAAGAAAAGGAUGAUAUAUUGCACAAUUUUGUAUACUACGAAGGUGAUUUUCUCCGGCUAUUCGAGGUGAUUCCGCAUUUAGAGUUUGACGAGGCGCUGGAAAACCGUGUGUUCGACAUGAUCGAUAAAGCUGUGUCUAAUGAUGAGAUUGCUAUGGAUAAGACCAUUCAACUCACAUGGAACAAGUACAAAAAAUCGCGCAAAACGAAAGUCAAACAGGUGUUGAAGAAGAUGGCUAAAGAGGCACAGGAGGCUGCCGAAUUAGCAAAGAUCAUCGGCCAGAAGAAGGCAAGUGGUGAAAAUGAUCUAAAGGCAAUGAUUCAGAAAAAUAGCAGCGGUCGCAUGGAUGAUUUGAUCCUGUCCUUAGAAGCAAAAUAUGGACGCUCCAAGGGUAAGAAACGAAGCGUCCCCGACGACGAAGAGUUUGCUAAAAUUCAAGCACAACUUACUAAAGGUAAGAAGAGGCGGAAGUAA